GUGACUUGUGUGACUACUGGUGUUUUUCAGCUGAUCAAAACUACAGUAGCACAGGUACUAGUUGCCAAAGAGACGCAGCAUGAAAGUCCGGGCUGGAGUUGUUUGGGAUGUGGCACGGUGUGUCUUGUUGAGGAUGAGUCCAUUCACUCCUACUUCCUGCGUCUCUACUGUGUCAAGCGUGCAAAGUUACUGUGGGAGCAAGAGAUGUACAUCCCAUUCAAGUAUGCUGCAACUCGCAGGUUCUUCCACACUUUUCCUGCAGAUGGCCACCAAGUAGGUCUCAACUUUGCAAAUGUGACCGAGGCAGAGGAAUUUUAUCUUGUAGUGGAGGCUGUCCAAAGAAACCAAGAAAAGACAACCAGGAUGACUGAAAUAACAAACGCGGAAAGAGACAGCUCAACAAGUGACAAGUCACCGUAUUCAAGAAUGAAUACACUAGACCAUUUGCAUGGGGAGCAACAUUUCCCAAUGGAUGCACCAUCCACAGAAGUUACACCAACCACCAGCAUAUUUAAGGAUUUGGACGCCGAUAUGAGGAGGCUGUUGUUGCAGGCAAGACUCACUGAGGAAGACCUGUUAGACAAAGAUGUCGCUGAAGCUGUUGAUUGUAUCAUCAACCAAUUUGGAGGACUAAAGGCUGUGCAGAGAGAGCUGAGGAACAAAGGCCCAAUAUCUCAGACAUUGCCGAGAGCUGCAGGGGCGUCCAUCUCCCUUUCUCUGCGUAAAGGGCCUUUGCCACCAGUUCCCUCCAUCAAAGGCAGCACCAGCUCCCAGCAGACACCACAGUACAAAGACCGACGAUACCAAAGUCCGACUACCCCUUGGAUUCCUUCUCCUACAUCUACUCAUCCUCCAGUUGUCGCAGAGAGGAUCAGAAAGAGUUCAAGUUUCAAACAAGUGGGCUUCCCAGUGGCUACAGACAAACGUGACCUUAUCCUGACUGCACUGAAAGAUGUACUCAGACAGAAGCAGAUAAACGCAGAUGGAAGUCAACUUUAAAGAAACAUUGGUUUUAUCUGUGCUGUGUAUUAUACAUUCAUUAA